AUGGCACCUUCAGCAGCAGAAGUCGAAACAGCGCCGGCAGUGGCGGAAGUCACGAAUGGUGUGAAGAAGCUUCUGUCCGCUGACAGCACCUCCUCCUCGCUCAAGAGAGAGCCAUUGACCUACUCUGGAUCUCUGGAUGAAUACGAGUCCUUCGACGUCACCAAUGUCAUUGGCAGAGAAUUCCCACACCUCCAACUGAGCCAGAUCUUGCACGAUGACAGGAAGAUCAGAGACCUUGCUAUCACUGUCUCACAGCGCGGCGUGGUCUUCUUCCGGAACCAGGACCUCCAAAUCACCGACCAGAAGAUCCUGGGGCAGAAGCUCGGCGAGCUGACUGGGAAGCCCAAGACUUCUGGACUACAUCGUCAUGCUCUUCUCAAUGGCAAGUCCCUUGGAAUCAAGCUUGGCGAGAAUGGGGAGGAACUGCCAGAUGAUGAUGAGAUCUCUAUCAUCUCCUCUCAGGCGAACAGAAAAUACUACGAGGAGCGAUACAAGGCAGCCUCGGUGCACCUUGCCUCCGAUGGCUGGCACGCAGACAUUUCCUUCGAGCCAAUCCCGUCCGAUUACGCCAUUUUGAAGAUUGUCCAACCCCCAGAGGAUGCUGGUGGUGACACUCUUUGGGCUUCCGGAUACGAGGCGUACGACCGCUUGUCACCACCUGUCAAGAAGUUCGCCGAGGGCUUGACAGCAACGCACCACACACCCGAAUUCGCUAAAACCGCAGCUCGAAAUGGUCUUCAACUUGUGGACGGCGAGCGUGGCGCUCCAGAAAACGUCGGUCUUGACUUUGCCGCCUCGCAUCCCGUGGUCCGAACAAAUCCGGUCACAGGCUGGAAAUCAUUAUAUGGCGCCGCUGGCCAAGUAAGAGAGGGAUACAUUGACGACGUGACGCCCCGCGAGUCCGAGCUUCUGAAGGACUACUUCCUGUCAGUCAUCGCAAACAAUCACGACUUGCAGGUGAGGUUCAGAUGGAACAAGAAUGAUCUGGCGAUCUGGGACAAUCGGAGUACCUUCCACACGGCUACCAACGAUUACUAUGGCGCCCGCCAAGGUAACCGUGUGGUGUCGCUUGGAGAGCGGCCUUACUACGACCCUGCCUCCCUGUCAAGACGGGAGGCGUUGGCCAAGGAGGGAAAGAGGUGA